AUGUUAGCAACAUGUAGUACUAUUUUACAAUUAUGGAAUAAUCAAGAUUAUUCACUUGUUAAUGAAUUUGGUCAUGAUCAUGUUCCAUCAACAGAUACAAUCAAAUCAGUCGAUUGGAAAAAGGAUAAUUCAAAUUAUCUCGUAUUUACCUAUCGACAAACAGGACGUGUUCAAUUAUAUGAUAUUCAAAAAAAUAAAUCAGUCGAACUUUCAACGACUAAAGCUCAAUGGUGUUCGUUUAGUACAUCGGGAAAAUAUCUUGGAAUAACUAAUGAAGAUUGUCAAGCACAACUUUGGGAUGUUAAUUCAGGAAGAAUUUCACAAACAUUCAAUAGCGUCGAUCAAUCACCAAUGGAAUGUAUUUGUUGGGGCAAUGGAGAUUCAUAUGUAGCUUGUGGAACGCGAAAAGGAAAUGUUUUUCUCUAUAAUCAAUUAACAAAGCAAAGUUUUUCAGCAUUUACAAUGAAACAUGGAAAUAAAUUAGGUGCAAUAUCAUCAAUAAAGUGGUCACCACAUAAAGAAUUACUUGGUACAACAUCGAAUGAUGGUUUAUUGUCGUUAUGGAAUUAUCGUUUGAAAGAAUUAAUUAUUUCAAUUCAUUCACAUAAAGCUCCAGCAACUGAUUUAGCAUUUUCUCCUCAUCAUGAUGCAUUUCUUGUGACAUCAGGAAUGGAUGGAUCACUCUGUUGUUUCGACGUUGUUCAACAAAAAAUCUUAUCAACAAUAAGUAUUUAUGCUCCAUUAACAAGUGUUGAUUUUCAUCCAAAUGGUUCAUUAGUUGCUGUUGGAACAAUGGGACAAAAUGCAUCUGUUUAUGAUUUACGUGAUCCAAAGAAUAAAUUAGCACAUUUAGUUAAUGCAGAUCAUGGAAAUGUUUAUUCUAACUGCAACAAGGCCAACGGUUCGAAUACCGAUUUCAAAAAUCUCAUGCCAAAAUCGUACAAACAAUUUCUCGUUGACAAUAGCAGUAACCAUCGCGUUCGUGCACCAAACAUACGCCGACCAAAAGAUUAG